GUUCUGAGUGAUGAACUCUGGCUCUUCAUUGGACCGUCGCUCUGUCGAGUUUCUUCUUUCUCAUUUCUCUAAGAACACGUACAAAGCCAGAACAGGAGACUCUCAGAGUGAAGUUGUUCUGAUGAGAUGUAUUCAGUUGUUUACAAGAGAUUAUGGAGUUGAGAUAGUCUCCAACACGUCCGGUGAACUCUGCGCACAAUAUCCAGGCAAGAUUGUCAUUCUAGACACAAGACAGAAGGAAACACCAUCAACUGACACUACCAAGUCAGAAGCUACUGGUAAUCAUCCACGUGAACAGAGCACACCAAUUUCAGUCGAGCAGUUGAGCGAUCUAAUGCAGAAGGCUCGACUAGCUCGAUGUCGUACGAGAUUCAUUGUUCCUGUCAUUCUAUAUGGCAACAAGUAUGUUUGUCGUUCGUCGACGUUAUCGAGUGGGGCCGAAUUGUAUGGACGUUCGGGCCUUGAUUGGCUCUUCACAAGAGGAAAUGAUGCAGCAACGGCCACAGACGACAGUGAUAGUUUGAAAUCUAUAGCAAGAGCUGCUGUUGGUGACUGGGAGCUGUUUGAUCGCAUUCGUGGUGAUGACAUUCGUCUACUGAAAGCUCUCGGUGUUGAAUACAUCUGUGACUUGAUGGUAGAACAGAAGAAGGUGAAGUAUGGGAUGACAGUGACGUCAUCUGAGAAGGUUGACAAGGCGCGUCGCUAUGCCGAAUUCCAUAUUUUGUCAAUUCCAUAUCCUGGUUGCGAACUGUUUGCUGAACUGAAGUCAUGUGACUAUUCAUACGACAAAGUACACUUUGAUUGGACACAAAGCUUUGUCAAUGCCACAAUGGACAUUCCAGCUGACGUAAUGGACCGAUUGUCGAUCGACUGGAAGAACUAUAAGAUGUGGGAUUUGACAAGAAUAACACAGAACUACUUGAAGCUCUUUCUUUAUCUUUUACACAGCGGAGAAGGUAGUCUUCUUAUUCAUUGUAUAUCAGGAUGGGAUAGAACUCCAUUGUUUAUCUCACUUCUCAGACUAUCUUUGUGGGCAGACGGUGCAAUUCAUCAAUCACUGACUGCCUUAGAAAUUGUUUAUCUAACUCUUGCAUACGAUUGGCUUCUGUUUGGUCACCAGCUGUCGACGAGACUGAGUAAAGGCGAAGAGAUUCUAUUUUUCUGCUUUCAUUUUCUCAACCAUAUUUAUUCAGACGAAUACUCAAUUACAAAAAUUCAUCGUAGAAAUCCAAUCAAUCACUUUGAUUCCGAGUUGUUCCUUGAAGGAAUGGUUCAAGAAGUAAUCGGCCAAGGUGGCAGCACAACUAGUCUAAACAGCACAAGUAGUAGCGGCAGUAGCUACGGUGUUGUCAACAGCUCGACCAAUUACACAGUUGGGCCAGUCUGUGGAGCACAAGACGCGACGUUAACAACACAGAAUGAAGGCUUGAGACCUACUAGUCACUGGUCGCCACAGCAACUACACAGGAAGCCGCCAUUUUUUAAGAAUGAGUGUAGUGUGAAGAGUGCUAGUGCUGCUGAUGCUAGCAUGUCGAGUCCGAUUUCGGUUCCACUUGUGGCGGCGACGAGUAAAUCUGCAGAGAAUUCCCCAAGUUCUCACUGUGGCAGUUGGCAACUCAUAUCAUCGUCGGGUAGUCCUCUAGGCACAGCAACUUCACGUAGCUCUCCUCAAACUGUCAGACAACAGAGCUUGACACCAGCACCUGAGAUCGAACACAAUGUAUCGAACAGAAGGCAGAGACUGGGGGAGGUGCGAGACUUAUUUCUCUCAUCGUACUAUGCAACAAUCCACUCAUCGACACAUCACGAACAGAGAACGACUGCUAGUUUGAUGGGAAACGUUGCAGGCAUGGUGAGUCGUCUAUCGGGUUAUAUAGGAGUCGAAGGGGCACGAGGGACGUCUGUAUAGAUAUGAUUGAUUUAUUGAUGCGUUGACCAUCGUGUGCUGGUAAGGUUGACAUGCAAUGUUUGUUGUUUAUGGUUGACUGAUCGGACCUUUUUACUGUGCUAUAGUUGAUAGUUGGUAAUUUAUUGAGAAGAUAUUCAUGUGUGCAGACAAU